AUGAUGAGCCCGAUGAUCUGCAGCCUCUUCGUCGUCCUCCUCGUCUCCGUCGCCAGCUCCCUGGCCACGCCCCUCUCCACCCGCAAAUCCCACCUCGAGCGCCGGUUCAGCGGCAAGGCUACCUACUUCGCGCCCGGCACCGGCGCCUGCGGCGACACGAACUCGCAGAGCGACUUCAUCGUGGCUAUGAAUCAAGCCCAGUACGAGGGCGGCUCGCCGUGCCACAAGACGGUCUCCAUCAAGAACGAUGCCACUGGGAAAACUGUGCAAGCACAGGUGACCGACAAGUGUCCUGGCUGUGCCUUCGGCUCUCUCGAUCUUUCGCCCUCAGCCUUCCAGGCCAUCGGCAACAUGGACCAGGGCGUCUUACCGGCUCGCGGUGCUGACCAGCAACAUGCACUUUGGAACUCCGGCCGUCUGCGCUGGAAACGACGCCGCAGAUCUCGUGGCAGUUCGAAUCCACUCGGAGCUUUCCACGAGCAACCAAUCCCAAACUCAUUCGGUGCCACCCCGCCAAACAAAGUCACAUCGAUCCUCAUCCCCUCCUCACGCCCCCGAGCCAACGUAGACGAAAUGCUGCCCCAAGUAGAACAAAUCAAGACCAGGAGCGGCUUAGAACUUACGGUCUGCAAGGCCCACCACCAGCAGACCUGUCAUCAUUGCUGCAUGGACUUCACAUACGUGAACCAGCUAGCGACGGCCGAGGCCCACUUGUCGCAGGCCGCCAAGAAGCAUCAGGACGGCGACCAUCUCGGGCCCGGCCGGCUGCGGGUUGGGAGCGAGAUUCGCAGGCCCGACGUGUCCGGCAAGAAGCCUCCGAAGCCGCUCGACGGCCGGAUCGUCGGCGUCGUCGAGGACAUCGACGAGGAAAGCAGCUUCUGUGGAGAAACGUGCUACGUUAUCAGACUGCGCGACAAGUCCCUGAUGACCUGCGCGAUCGACGGCGUCCACGCAGACGAGUGGCUCGUCAAAGUCGACGGACACUACGUCGCGACCUCCAAAGCACUCGGAGUCGUCUCCUGGGAAUAG